CCCGCCAGGACCCCCGGACGCGCGCCCGGGCAGCUUUUCCGCCGCCGCGCGCGCGCGCAGAGGUCCCUCCAGGACACACCUGUAUACUGCCGCCGCCGCCCGCCGCCGCGCGCCGAGGACAGGCGAACACGCCGAGGACCAGACAAACAGCACAAGAUGGGCGCCAACCAGUCCGUCCACCCCAUCUCGAGGGGCCCGCAGUCCACGGGCCGGACGCGCAUCGUCUCCAAGGUCCUGUACGGAAGCAACUACACGAAGGCGAACCGCAUGUUCGUCGAGCGGGGUAAGGACGGGAAAGAAGCGUGUAUUGUGGUCCAGCCCGUGGCGGCUCUUUGUUGCCCUUAUGAAUUUGCGAUCUGCUGGUUUUCGCCCUUCAUCUCGGUGCCUUCGGGACCGGUCGUCUUGUACCAGAACUGGGGCAGAAAUGCCGGAACAUUAUCCCCGGGCUGCAAGCCCUGCUGGCCCGGCUGGCGGCGCAUUUCCCAUCUCGUCUCUUUGCAGCUCGUGACGUACAAUCACGCUCCCAAGAAGUGUCCGACGCGCGACCACGUGUUCGUCGAUCUAGAUUUGAGCGUUACGCUGAAAGUGAACAAGGAGCAGGUGUCGAAGUUCGUGUUUGAGAUGGGUGCGGAGCGGUUAGAUGCUUAUUUGUCCUUUCAAGUGGAAGAGUCGAUCCGAGGAUUAGUUUAUGAUGUGACCCACGACCGCGUGAAUGACAUGCGCGGCGAGUUCGCCGAGGACAUGCUCGCCGUCUUGCAGACGAAGGUGGAGCGGUUUGGGGUCGACAUCAAAGCUGUUAAGAUCACGAACGUGGCAUUACCAAAUAUUUUGCAGGAGCGACUGGAGAACACUACUUCGUUUAAGACGAGAUUGACCAUGCAAAGUAAAAAUCAUGAGCACACUAUUCAAACUAUAGAAAAUACGUACGCGCAACAAAGGCAAAACAUCGCCCAAACCUUCGACCUGCAGAAGAGGAGUGUAAGGGCGGAAACCGAUAGGGAGGACACGGAGCAGCAGGAGAAGAUGGCCGUGGCUACCUCAGAUAGAGCCCAGAAGACGACGACCGCGUUCGAAGCCCAAGAUGUUAUAUUGACCAAGGCUAGAUCCGACCUAGAAGUAGCUGAAUUUACGGGACGAACCGAAAAAGCUGAACUAGUUGAGAAAACUAAAAUAGAAUGUGCUCGACGCGUCCGCACUACCAAAAAAGAAUGUAGCGUCGAGACGACGCAGAGCGAGGCGCUGCGGGAGGCCUCCAAGGACUUAGCGGCGGCUCGCGAAGCGGAGGCCGCCGGCGAGGGCAAGGCCGCGGAAUACCAGGAAGAGCGCAUCCGCUUCGAGCAGCAGAAGCGCUUGGCCGCUAUCGACGCGCACUUCGCGGCGCGGGGCCGCCACGUCAUCCAGGGCGAGGGCGGAAGGCAGCUGCUCUCGGCUUUUCAUGAUGGUCGAGGUGUACAGGCUUCUAUGAUGAAGCGCGACUAAGGAUAUAC